ACACACACACACACACACACACACACAUACAGCAACUCUCCACAGGAAAAGCUAGAGACAGAAUGCGCAGCCCCUUCACAGCAGCUUUGGUGCGUCGUGGCGUCCAAAUGGGAUCGUGCUACACUUUGAUAGUUGGUUAAUUACUCAUAUGAUACCACACAGAUGUCUGGGGGGCUCUAGCCGAAUAUUCGUCUCACUAACUCACUGACUGACUGACUGACGGGAUCCUGGGGAAGGCAGACAUUUAAGGAGCGCUGUGCUAAAUAGCUGUAAUCAGACUCUUAUCGCCUCAUCUGGAAAUCAAAGAGUGAACUGUGUUCUGCAAUGGGCAUUACGACACUACAAUUGCUUUUGCUAAUGGCCGCCCUGGCCACUGUUGGAAUAUGUCACAUAAAUGGAACAGAGGAAGUCCUUCAAAACUUUACUACCUCCAAAAUCAAUGUGCAUAAAGGUCUCCAGCCCUCCACCAGAAAAGCCCUGCUGGAUAACAAAACCAGAGUGAAGGGGCCUCCAUCCUGCAAGGAUCCCACUUCCAUCAAGCUCUAUUUUAAGUAUAUUAACACAAUUAUUUCCUGUGCCGUGUUUGUGGUGGGAAUGGUGGGUAACGCCACCUUGCUGAGGAUUAUUUACCAAAACAAGUGUAUGAGGAACGGACCCAACGCCCUCAUCGCCAGCCUGGCUCUUGGAGACCUCAUCUACAUCACCAUAGACAUCCCUAUCAAUGUCUACAAGGUACAGGGCUGUAGCAUCCUGGAGCAGAGUGCAGGGGGUCGGCAUUCCCCUCUUUACUGCCAUUGAGAUCUUUUCCAUCUGGGUCAUGUCCAUCAUCUUGGCUGUGCCAGAGGCAGUGGUCUUCAACAUGGUCACCUUUACCUACAAGAACCAAACCUACCGCACUUGCAUGCUCAAGCCUGAAACUGACUUCAUGAUGUUCUAUGUCAAUUGGAAAGACUGGUGGUUAUUUGGCUUUUACUUCUGCGUGCCGCUGGCCUGCACAGCUGUUUUCUACACCUUCAUGACAUAUGAAAUGCUCAACCACAGAAAUGGAAGCCUUCGGAUUGUCCUCAGCGAACACCUUAAACAGCGGCGUGAAGUGGCUAAAGCAGUCUUCUGUUUAGUGCUGAUCUUUGCUCUUUGCUGGUUCCCUCUUCAUCUCAGUAGACUGUUGAAGAAAAUGGUUUAUGUUCCAAAUGAUGAAAGACGUUGCGACCUACUCAACUUCCUGUUGAUCAUGGAUUAUUUUGGCAUCAACUUGGCCACUGUGAACUCCUGCAUCAACCCCAUCAUCCUCUACUUUGUGAGCAAGAAGUUCAAUAAUUGCUUUAAGUCCUGCUUGUGCUGUUGGUGUUACACCAAGAACCAGGUGUCCAGCUCAGGCCCAAUGAACGGCACUAGCAUUCAGUGCAAAAACCAUGAGCCCACCAACCUCAAUACCGACAGAAGCCUUCGUAAAUACAGUGAAUGAGAGGUGAAGGACUCACUCCAGUCAGCCUACAUGCUUAAAACACAUUAUAAAAGCAGACAUCAUCCAGCGUCAAACUUUGAGGUGGAAAACAUCGUAACCAUUCAUAUGAAACUAAAGUUCCUGUGCUCGGCGCAGUAUCAGGCUGUUUUUAUACAUAGCUUCAGACCAGACAAUGGACCUGAUAUAUUUAAAGUCUCCCGUAGACCUACAGCAGCUGUUCCCAGACUUUCAGAGGGUUGUUUUGCUGUGUGAGAAGUGGUGGGAGUGAAGACCAACAGCAACAGGAUGCAGCUGAACCUAACAGCUACAAAUUAACCCUCAUCAGGAGCUUGACAUGUUUUCCUUAUGUAAAUGCUACACUAUGAACAUGCUCUGGAUCGUCACUGUCCGACAUGAAAGGAAGUUACAGAAAGGAAGAUUGAAGUGGCGAGGGACAAUCUGUGUUUUCUGUGUUCCUUCCUAUAAGCUUUGCCAAAGAAACUCCCAGCACGCCGCUGAGGAGGCAACCUAUCCUUCAAAUUCAGUGUCCGGUUGUUAUUGUUAGCACAUUGAAUGCAGUUAUGGAAGUUUAAGCCAGGCUAGUUUGUAAAACAGGAACUUCCAGGCCGCUACAUGCCUCAAUCUUUAUUAAGUUGUUAAGUGAAUCAUAUUGUGCGCUGGACGUCACUUCUGUUUAUUUAGUGGGGUAGGAAGAUAAUUAAAGUAUGCCUUUGUGUUUGAAUGCCAAAUUAAGUUUAUUGUGUAUAUGCUUGUUUACGGUGAAAAUGUAAGCUCAGAAUUAAAUUACAAAUCAAAACGUGAACAUAAUACAGCAAAUGUGAAAUGAACCAGCUGGAUUCAGUUCCAGCAAUAAGGAGGCAAAUGAAACUUGCUGGGAUUUAAGAGUAAUUUCUAGGAAUGCAUCCAACUGCAACAAAUGCUGUGUUAUAGUGUAAAGAAAAAGAAAAUGAGCAUAAGGGCGCGGGAAAAGGGGCCUUUCUGUAAUCAAAACAAAAACGCCCAAGAGAUACAAACAUGUCUUUGCUUUUUUUUGACACUGUGAAUUUUCUGUGAACAUAACUCAUACAUGCUAUUAACCUUGCAUAGAUUAAUAUUAAUAAUAUUUAAUGGCCUCAGUAUUUGUAUAUCAUCUGUAUUUUAAGUUGAAAUAUUUAUUGUUGUUGCAAAAACAUACA